UACAAACAAAUGUUGGAAAUGAAAAAUAUGCAAGAAGAAACGUUGGGAGAAAGAGGUGAGGCUGAAAAAGUGGACACCUUGGGUGUUUAUGAAGGCGAAAAAAAUUCAAAGGGAGAGAGACAUGGUAUUGGCAAAUAUCAAUUUCCAAAUGGUGAUGUUUAUGUAGGUGGAUAUUGUCGAGGUCUUCGUAAUAGUCAGGGAAUUUACGUGUUCAAAAACGGAGCGAGGUAUGAUGGCAAGUGGCGGUGCGGUUUAAAAUAUGGCAGAGGAACUUUUAUCUAUCCCGAUGGAACUCGUUAUGAAGGUGAAUGGAAGAGGGAUAAAAAGAGUGGAUUUGGUGUUUAUUAUCAUUCGAAUAAAGAUAUUUAUGAGGGUACUUGGCGAAAAGAUGUUCGACAUGGGUUAGGGACUUAUCACUUUAGUGAAUCAGGUAUCAAGUUCAUGGGUACUUGGCUAAAUGAUUAUCUUCAAGGACCUGGGGAGAUUGUCUAUCCUCGCUACCAUUUUCAUGGCACUUGGAAGGAUAAUUUGCCCCAUGGUCGCGGGUGUUUUGUAUUUGAGAACAAUUGUAUGCAACAUGGACAUUAUAUUCAUCAAGUCAAUUCAAAUAAUCAACACAAUGAAAUGAUCAAGAAUAAGCAAUCACAAAUGGAUUUUUUUCCUAUCUGGUGUGCUCGCUGCAUUAGCCCCUAUAAAAUCCAUCUUCUACCUCCAGAAGCUAGGCCGCUUCACGAACAAAUGACAGAAGACGAUUCACUAACGGACGAGUGUCGUAACGAAUUAUCCAAUGAUGAGUCUUACACGUUUUUGCCACAUUCAUCAGACGCUGAAAAUGAUUCGACUGAUUAUAGGGACGAAUUUUUGAACGAAAUAUAGAUUGGCAAAGCGAAAUUAUGGUACCAUUUUAAUGUCAUUUUUAUUCACAUAAAACUUUAUUGGGGAGAAAUAAAAAAGCAAUUACGUGUUUAUAUAA